AUGGCAACGAGAGAGGUUUUGGGAAAUACUUUUGGAAAUGAUGCAACACUAUUUCUUGGAGAUAUAACUCACAACAUAACCAACGUCAAUGCUGACCCCUUUGAUGCGGACAAUGCUUUUCUCCAAGAAAUCAGCAAAACGAAUCCCGUGGAUGAUAAAAAACGAAUACUUGAAUCCAAGGGUCCCCUUAUACACGACUCGUAUCGCUGGAUCCUCGAACACAACGAUUUUAAAAAAUGGCGCGACAAGCAAAACAAUGGAGUUUUUUGGAUUAAAGGGGACCCUGGAAAAGGCAAAACAAUGCUUCUCUGUGGAAUCAUCGAAGAUUUCGAAAACAAUUGCAAGCUACAAGAGAAAUUCGUCUAUUUCUUCUGUCAAGGCACAGAUACUCGACUUAAUACAGCCACCGCUAUUAUCAGGGGCUUGAUUUACUUAGUCCUUCGACAAAAUCAAAGCCUUCUUUCAUCCGUCCAGGAACAAAUAAAAAAGGAACCAAGAGGUUACUUAGAAGGAACUAAUGCGUGGGUUGCGCUAAGCCGGAUUUUUACAACUAUUACUCAAGAUCCAUGCAUGGCAGAUUACACCUUUAUUAUUGACGCCCUUGAUGAAUGCCAACACCAAGAAUCGCGAAAAUCACUCCUUAAUCUCAUCAUGGACACGAGCAGCCGCAUCAAGUGGUUGGUAUCGAGUCGAAACGAGAGAGAAAUUGAACACGCCCUGAAGGCGAUUGACAGCAGGCUAAUAUUGGAACUGAAAAGCAAUGCAGCCCAUGUCUCCAGUGCUGUUGACACAUAUAUAGAUCGCUGUGCUCGAGACAUUGAGGCGCUCAAGGGUGAUGAUAAUCUUCGCGAGAAGACUAUUAAUAUACUCAAAACAAAGGCAAACGGUACCUUUUUAUGGGUAACACUUGUUGCCCAACAGCUACGAGAUGCUGGCCGUCCUCAUAUCGAAAGAAUCUUGGAAGAAAUGCCUGAAGACCUGGAAAGCCUCUAUGAUGAGAUAAUGGAGCGUUCAAAAAAGGGAUGGAAAAAUGACACAGAGGCCUGUCUAAGUCUCCUAGCAACAGUCACUGCCGCUGAGCGACCGCUUCAUAUUGAUGAAUUAUACCUAUUCAGCAGCUCACAAUUAAUCGCCACCAAGGUCAGGUAUCUUUCAAGCGAUAUCGAGUACUUGGCUAAAGUCUGUGGAUCAUUUAUAACCAUUGUGGACAAAACCAUAUACUUCAUCCACCAGUCUGUUAAAGACUAUAUGACGCAUAAGGGAGCUACCAGUAUUUUCCCCGGAGGGAUUGAGCAUCAACACUCAAAGAUGUUUGAAAUUUCACUCAAUAUGUUGGAUAAGAUCCUCCGGUGUGAUAUCUAUAACAUCAGAUCACCAGGAGGACAUGUGGAUGAAAUCACGCCACCAAACCCAAACCCAUUAGCAUCAAAAGCAUACUGCUGUGCAUUUUGGAUUGAGCACCUGGCUCGCUGCAGGCAACCUCAACUAUUCCAAAACGACGGAAUACUUCACUCGUUCCUCAAAGGAAAGUAUCUAAAUUGGCUAGAGGCAAUGGUCUUGUUGAAGUUAUUACCACAGGCCCUAAUUGCUAUUCAACGGCUGCAAGACUUGAUUACAAGCCAUUACACAAUGGAUGGUAAUAGGCAUCAAACUUAUGAGGCGCCUCACGCGAGAACAGUAGGCCAAUUUGGAUAUGAUCAUUGGCAAGCCAACACUGGGAUGUCCGAAGAAAAGUCAGAGAUAUUGGUAAACAGCGAAAGGAAUGAGACGCUUGAACUGACUAGAGACGUCUACCGCCUUGUCUUUUCACAUAGGGAAAUAAUUGAAGAGUAUCCGCUACAGAUAUAUGCCUCCGCCCUUAUAUUCAGCCCCAGCGAAAGUAUAUCUAGGAAGCUGUUUGAGGCAGAGCAGUGCCCAAAAUGGAUCGUGUCUAAACCUAAGAUUAGUCCAAAUUGGAGCCCGUGCAUACAGACAAUUGAGAGCUACGAACAUGCCAUUGCGUCAGUGGCAAUCUCACCGGAUAAUACAAUGCUGGCGGCGGUUGCGUAUGUUGAGAUUUGGGAUCUCAUCACGGGCACUCACCUCAAGACUAUGGAAGGCGGUUUCCACUCAGUGAGCUUUUGCGCAGACGACACCCAUCUGGCUCUUAUGGGCGAAACCACUCUGGAAAUUCACAGUCUUGCUACAAGUGAAGAUUUUCACACACAUACUAAUUACUCAAGCGAAGUCGUCCUGUCCCUUGUAUUUCCCUUAGAUUGUGCACAGUUGAACUCGGGAUUUCUUGACGGCGUCGUUGGACCCCAUAGUACAAGAGUCGAUACGGAAGCACCUGUGCUUACAGAGCGAAUAUUUCAUGCCAAGGUGGUGGUUUUCGAGCCGGAAACAGAAACCAUGAAAGUUUUGGAUUUGGCUACCGGCAGAUGCCUACAGGCUAUAGUAGUGGAGCGCUUGGCAGACAGGGACGAAUUAGCAUUUUCAUCUGAGAGGAUGCGAGUGGCAGUUUCGAGAUAUGGCACAAUCAACAUCUGGGAUCUUGCCACUGGCAAUUGCCUACAGACAUUUAAAGACCCUUACUGUUACGAUCACGACAAGAAAGCAAUGGUGUUCUCCGCCGAUGGUUUGCGGCUAGCAUCAACAAGACACAAAGAGAUCAAAAUUUGGGAUAUUGCCACUGGUACAUGUCUGCAGAAAUUUCUAGGCCAUACGAAUCAUGUCGACACACUGGCUUUUUCGCCCGAUGGUUUGCGGCUGGCAUCAGGUUCUGCCGAUUGCGCCAUUAAACUAUGGGAUCUGACUGCUAAAAGCUCCUCACAAAUUCGAAUUAGGGACUAUUCGAAAUGGCGAGACAGAAUUGAUAAAGUAACAUUCUCGCCUAAUGGGAGGUGGAUAGCAUUAGGUUCAGUAGAUCAAACUAUCCGGAUCUGGGACACCGCCACACGUACGUUCUUACGGACGAUGAAGAUGUCGUAUCAUAUCGAGGGUAUCACCUUUUCCCCAGACAGCAUGCAGCUAGCAACCGCAGAAGGCGAUUAUCAGCACAGGGAAAUCGGGAAUAGAUUCACGGGUACAUGGAUCCGAGUAUUCGAGGGUGAAGCUGCAUUUUCUCCCAGCAGCACUCGGCCAGCGUCGAGGUCGCGUGAUGGAUUUAUUAAAAUAUGGGAUUUAACAUCUGGGAUGUGCUUACACACGAUAACAAAUGGUCGGUUUGCCGAUUUAUGGAUAGAAUUUUCACCAAGCGAUACACCCUUCGGGUCUUCAUCUAGACUGGGCGGGAAGUAUAUCACCAUCUGGGGUCUAGUUACAGGUGUAUGCGCCCAUGGAACUAUCUCAGAUCCAACAGCUGGGGAACCUGAGGAAUUGGAUAUGCAUCGCUCGAAGCAGAUGGAGACACCCUUUGCGUAUUAUUCUCAGGGGCGACAGUUACAUUACAACGAUGAAUUGCCAAUGCUCAGCCUUAGCGAAGAUUUUACUUGGCUUUUGAAAUCGAAAAAACCACUGCUUUGGCUCCCUCCGGACUAUCGGACUGAGCUAUUUGAUCCACACGACAGCGACAACGACCCCAUUAAAAUAUACAAAAACCAUAUGGUCAUUUUUGAUAAGUUUAAUGACUGGGUACAUUUCGAGUUUUGUUUUGAUGGUUUAGACAUGUAA